AUGGCGACUGCACAACCAGAGAAGAAGAAGAAGCCAAGUGCUAUGCGCUCCAUCCUGGCAGGCGCAACAGCCGGCGCCGUUGAAAUUUCAAUUACAUAUCCCGCAGAGUUCGCAAAGACACGAUCGCAGCUCAACCGACGAUUACCAGACGGGAAGAAGCUACCAUGGCCGCCAUUUGGCAAGCAAUGGUACGCAGGAUGCACAACACUGAUUAUUGGCAAUUCGCUCAAGGCCGGCAUACGCUUCGUUGCAUUCGACAUGUACAAGAACCUCCUCGCCGACGCUGAAGGCAAAGUCUCUGGUCCCGCAACCGUCAUUGCGGGUUUCGGUGCCGGAGCCACAGAAUCGCUAUUGGCAGUCACACCCUUUGAAAGUAUAAAGACACAACUUAUCGACGAUCGCAAAUCCGCAAACCCACGUAUGCGCGGCUUCCUGCACGGCUCCAAGGUCAUUGCCCAAGAAAAAGGCAUACGAGGCUUCUUCCAGGGUUUCGUGCCCACGACCGCGCGUCAAGCUGCCAACUCAGCCGUGCGCUUCUCAAGCUACACAUCGUUCAAGCAACUGGCGCAGUCAUACGUUGCCCCUGGUGAGAAACUCGGUGCAAUUAGCACGUUUGGGCUUGGAGGACUGGCGGGCAUCGUUACGGUUUACACGACUAUGCCGAUUGAUACGGUCAAGACGAGGAUGCAGUCGAUAGAGGCGAGGAGCUCGUAUAAGAAUAGUUUUGACUGUGCGGUCAAGAUCUUUAGGGAUGAGGGUCUCCUUACAUUCUGGUCGGGCGCGCUGCCUAGGCUGGGGAGAUUGAUUCUCAGUGGCGGUAUCGUCUUUACCAUGUAUGAAAAGUCCAUGGACUUGAUGGAUAGACUGGAUCCUCAGGGCAGGUACAUAUAA